AAAAUAUAUCAACUCUUCAAUUGAAGGUAAAUAUAGGCUCCUGUCAUGUUUGAGCUAGUUACAGAUUGGAAACCAAUAUUUUUUUUCUUAUUUCGUCCUUAGUCCUGUGAUAUACAAGCCAAUGGAGAAACAAGUAAAGUUUUGUCAAGAGAGGGUUGCCCAUAUAGAAAAGAAUUAUGGUGCUUUUUGUGAGACACUUGGAUCUAUCACACGUAAAAUGGCAAGAAUGAGAGACAAAGGUGAUUUACUAGCUAAACAAGUGGUAGAGUAUGCAGACAAAGAGAAAGUGAGUGUAUCAACAACAAAGAAUCUCAAAGACUUUGCACACAAUUUAGCAGCAAUACAGGACUAUAGGGAUGCUGAGAUUCAUCGUUUGGAUAAUAAAGUUGUCAAACCACUCUCAGCGUAUGGCCCAAAGUGUAAAAAGAUGAAGCAAAUAAUCAAGACUGAACAAAGUGCCAUAAACAGAGAAAUAAAACAACGAAAGAACCUCGAGAAAGUUCGAGAUAAAAAACCUGGUGAUGCCCACUCUAUUUCUGCGGUAAGUUGCUAUUGUACAUCUGAUCCAGACUUCACACAGUAUACAUGUACUUCCUGUAAUGUAGAUUACCAAACUCUGAAAACAGAUAUAUAUUCAAUAAUUAUGCAAUGUGUGUCUAACCAGUUGUGUAUGCUUGUUGUUAUAUUUUACUUUUUGUUUCAAGUCACAUCUACACCAUUUAUGUCAUAUGGUGACUUUCCAGCUUUACUGGUUGAGGAAGAUCUUGGGUAUUUCUCUAAGCAAUAUCUCAUUCACCAGCAAGCAUUUGAAAUGUACUAUUCUUUGCUCUUUUGUGUCAAAACAUUCUUUUAUGUGAUAGAAACAUUGUUGGGAUUUCUUUAUACAUUAACAUUAAUUGAGCAAGGAGUAUUAACAUCAUGUGAUAUCAUAUUUCAGGCUGAGACAGAGCUUCAGAAAGCUGCAGCAGAUGCUGCUAUAGGAAGUAAAGGUUUACAGAACCAGAUGUCUGUGUUUGAGAAAGAUAAACUUGCAGAUCUAAAGAAAAUUUUGGCGGACUUUGUGAGUGUAGAGAUGGUAUUUCAUGCAAAAGCAAUAGAGUAUUAUUCACAAUGCUUUGAAAAUUUGGCCAUGAUUGAUGAGGAAGAAGAUCUUCAAGAGUUUUCAAGAAAAUUAAACCUUUCCCAGGCACCAGGGGGAGAAACUUUAGGUUCUACUUUACCUUUACCAGUUGGUAUGACAGUUCCUCAAGGAACAAUUACCUCCCUUGGCUCAACUGUACGAUCAUCAACAAUGGAAACAACAGGCACAUCAGAUUACACAUCAACUGGUGAAUCAUACACAUAUACAUACGGUGAAUCAACAGGUUCUAGUGGAGAAAAACGAGUACGCAUUCAAAAUCAAUCUAUGUAUGCAGAUGUAGAUGAUGAAUAUGAUGAUGAAGAUGAUGACGAUGAUGAUGACGACGAUGAUGAUAACCCCCAGUUAUAUUCAAGGCCAGUGAAACAGAGAUAAACUUUAGCAGAAAUUUCUACAGCAGCUUUGUGAUAUUGUUGAAACUAGUCGCUAACUUUAGUAUUUAUUGUUUAAUUUAUUCGCUUUUAGAGACAGUUGAAAAUGAGUAACAAUACUGGUGUAUGAAUGGUCUCAUCCUAUCUGCUGUGUAGUGCUGUGCAGGAUAGGAAAAAUGAUCUUAUAUCGACAUAGAACUAACAUCUCAGGCUAAAGGUUAAAUUUAAACAUUAAAUUUAACUUGUAACAUCCAGGCAUCUUUAAUUAAGUUCGCUUAUUUUAAUUAAAUUGUAUCAACUACUGUAGGGGCCGGGCCGCAAGAGCAACUUACACAAAUUGUCAUCAGAGUUGGAAUAUAGCCAGUUUUGAUGAUUAAAAGAAUACUAUGGGCAAAAAUAGAUAAAAUCAUAAAAGAUCGAGACCAUGUGACCAGUAUUUAAGCCUGGCAAAGACAACUGUUGACUGCUGAAGUUUAAUAUUAUCAUUGUUAUGGCACAAAGUACUGAAGAGGAUUGAUUGAUUUGAAUUGAUGAGUAAGGCAUAUCAUUAAUGAAAGUUGAGCUAUUUUUAUAGUAAUAGUAACUGUAGAUUAAGGGUGACAAUAAAAUAAUGGCAUCAUUAGAUUACGGGUAUCAGUAUAAUAGGGAUCAGUUGUUGUAAUGGGCAUCAGAUUGUAACUUAAUUAAAAUAAUCAGUAGAUUUAGGUCAUUUGAAGACUAAAUAAGUUUAUUUAAGAUAUGUGAACAAAUAAUCCAAUCUAGUUAUGGUGUGAUGGAAUGUUUAUACAGGUGUAGAUUUCAGAUUAUGUACAUGAGGAUAAAGUGGUUAAAUAAACCUGGGCAUUAAUAAACAAAGCUUGCCUGUAGAUCAAAGACAUAAAUAUAACAAUUGAGCUUACUAGUAUAAUAACAAUAAGCUUACUAGUAUACUAACUAUGUCAUAUUAAUAUUGCCUGUAAUUAAAAUGAUUUAGCAUCUAGUCUUCAAUAUUUGAUAGUCAAAUAAACAAUAUUCUGACUUUCUAAUGAAAUGAAUUGCAUGUUUUUUAUGUAUUUUUGUAGUCGAUCAUUUUACAAACGUGAAAUUCAUACUGGGAAAUACCUUACUUAUAAAAACAAGUAGGAGGUAGUUAUAAGACACUAUGAUUUGUUUAAGUUUCAUAAGAUGUAAUGGUUACAAAAUGGUUAGAAUUUUUGAAUGAAAUAUAUUCAGCAAACAUUAUUUGAGCCGCGUCAUGACAAAACCAACAUAAUGGGUUUGCGACCAGCAUAGAUCCAGACCAGCCUGCGCAUCCGCCUGUCCAAUUUUGAAGUGAUUCAAAGAAAUCCAAUUUUUUCAUGAUUUAUUAGAGUCUAAUUAAUGAAAUAUAAGGUUCUUUGACAAU